UUUGUAUGUAAAUACUGAUAGAGCUACAUUGUGUCUUGGUUUGGUUCGUUGUUUACAGCUACCAGCAGUCUGCACAAUGCUAACAGCAAUACAGAUAUUUCCUCUCGACGGUUUAAACCCAACAGCUUUUGGAGAAGGUUACAAUGAAUAUCCAGUCAUUGUAGCAGCCGACACAAGCAGCAAACUGGGCUGGAAUUUGCAUGUGCAACCACAGGUGGGGAAUCGAGAAAGACCCAAAAUCCACACCUCUGCAGGCAUUAGGAAAAGGCCGUCUGGUAAGGCCGCUAGGCCUGACAGGUUUUCAUACAAUGACAAUCCAGCCUGGAAAAUGUUACUCAGGGACACCAGUCGCUUUCUCGAUGCCAUUCACAAGCAAGUGAAGCCUGUCAACUCUACGAAUAGAGAAGCGUUCAAGUCAAACACUCGCAUGGCAGAUAUUUCACUUGAGUUCACUUUGAGCAAUGACCUGGCAAAUAGUUCUGACAUUCCCUUGCCAAAAAAACGUAUGCACAUGUCAACAGGCACACCAUCGAGUGAAAAGGAAACAUCCCAGUUUAUUGUGGAGGGCACCAAGCGACAGUUUAGUACCAGCAGGCACUGCUGUGCUCACACAUGGCCGGGACUGCACAAUGCAAGCCGAGUCAAAGCACUUAGAGCUAGGUACAAGUCCCCUGGAAUCAGAUAACGGCAAGAAUGUAUUGGCCAGCCAAGAACCUCUGAGCCAGUUAAGGCAACAUGGUAACAAAGUCAUAUUGUUAGAGCCCAGAGCUAGAACUAAGAGUGUGCUACCUUCACCAACAGCCGCCACCACAUCACCGAAGAGGCGAAGACUGCCUCACAGCAGACAGAAGACAGUCAAAUCAACUGCAGCAAUGCGCCCUUAUGAACCUUCAGGGGCAACCAGAACGAACAAAAUGAGAACUGCUCAUUCCUCAAUUCAUCAAGUAAACAAUGCAACAGAGCACGACAACGGCACUGGCACUAUGUUAAAACAUGGAAGCUUUAACAGCUCCAAGCCCAGAAGACUACGGCGCAGGAAGAAACGGUUGAAGCUAAACCUUUUCCAACCAAGACGGCGCAAGCUGACAGGUGUACAGAAGCGGUCCCAAGUACGUAAGUGCCUCCCUGUCGAAGUAUGGCAGCAUACAGGACGCUGUGAACCGGAGCAGCGCAAGCUGGAAGACCACAUGACCGAAUCAUCUGUGGUUCGACCACGAGUUUACGGUGUGGACCCCAUCAUAGGAAACGAAGAACGGGAACAGCUGACAAGGCAGCAUGCCGUCAAACGUGCUCAUCACGUGCACUUGCAGCCGCCCGAAGAACUGGCAAGUCAAGAGUCGCAGGAGGAUUACUACAACUAUUCACCGGAAUACCACGAUGAAGAGGACUACCAUCAGCACCACUCAUAUGAGUCCCCGGAAGACGUCAAUGAUGAGGAUUUUCAGGAAGCAGACCAUCGAGAGCGCCAUCUCGCAAGUCCCAAUAUAUCUCCAGAAAAAGGAAGCCUGCCGAAAAUGGAUGAAAACUCGACCCGAGCAAAAUCAGCCGCUAUGGACACAAAAGAUGAUGGCAAAUUGAUGGAGGGAACUAAACAUUUGAACUACAGUGACAUAAGCAAGGACACCGUGGACUUGGCGAACCAGAAUGCAAGCUCCCGUAUGCUGAACGACACAGUGGAAGGCUUUACACUUCUAAUUGAAGAUGACAGAGAGCUCGCCUCCAUCAGACUACACCAAGACCCACCAAAUUCAACAAGGUUUGAGGAAGGUCUCAACCACGACCCUGAGGAAAUAAAGCUGUCAACUACUGACCCAACACCAGCGGCUCCAUCGGAGCUUGCCGCCAUGUCAGGCAUUCAGCAGGUGACGCGGGAUGCUGACAACAUCCGCGAAGGUGUACAUGGUGCCUCAAGCAACCGAAGAGCAGAGAAAGGGUACUCCAAGUUCUUCAGUUUCGCAGAGGUUCCUGCACAUGGGCAGCACCGAUUUGGCUACAGGAAAGGCAAUGACCAACAUUUCACUGGACGGCUGGAGCUGGCCGAUGGCCCACAUGUCAAAUCUGUGGUUGUGUGGGCAGACAGAAAAGGAGGCCAUGGGAAGCACAUCUGGGACUACAACCAUGAGGACUGACAACAUACUCGUGUAAUGUUUACAAAGUUCCUGCACUAAGUGUUUCAAGUCGUCAACUGUAUUAAAGUGAGACUUGUGUGGUUUCUUUCUUUUAGUAAAG